AUGGAACCCACAGCAGGGCCUGUGCUCUACCAGAAGCUGCUGGUCUGGGAACCAAGCUUGGAGUCUGAGGAGGAAGAGGGUGAGAUAUCGGAGCAGCUCAUUCCACAUCCCUCGGGGCCCCAGGACUCCUCUGGGAACAAGGCUGGCAGUCUGCCCGGGGCCUGGGCCCAGCUGGUGGCUGCCCUGCUGCCGGUGGCCGUUGGCUUCUCCCUGGCUGUGAGGCAACCGCAGAGCAGUGCCUCUCCAGGAAACUUGGGCUCUGGGGCCCCUCCAGCCAGUGGGCACUCCCACAGGCCUGGCGUGUACCACCGCAGCGGCAUCAUCAGCCCUACAGCCACGUGUUCCCACCUGGGUUGAGAGCUGUUUGUUGCCGGGGGCAACGUCGUGGAUGCUAGAGUUGGAGCAGCUUUGUGUCUGGCGGUGGUGCAUCCUCAUGCCACAGGGCUAGGUGCCAUGUUCUGGGGCCUCUUCCAUAGUAGCUCCUCAGGCAACUCAACCACCCUGGCCCCUGGCCUGGGGCUACCCUCGGCUCUGCCUGCCCUGCAUUUGCUACACACACGCUUUGGCCGCCUACCCUUGCCACACCUGCUGGUAGGCCCCACCAUGCUGGCUCAAGAGGGCUUUCUGGUAGACACAUCCCUGGCCAGGGCUCUGGCAGCCCAGGGCACAAAGGGCCUCUGUCCCCUACUUUGCCACACUGAUGGGACUCCCCUGGGCUCUGGGGCCCGAGCCACCAACCCCAAACUGGCAGCUGUGCUCCACCGGGCUGCACUUGCCCCUGCCCCAAACCUUGUCGGGGAUGCUCUACCGAGUCUGCUGGCCGGAGACCUGGGGCUGGAGGGCCCCUCAGCUAGGCUCAUGCCCACCUUGGAGCCAGCACUGCAGCUACCUGUGCCCCAGGGCAUCCUGUUCACCACCCCCAGCCCCUCAGCUGGCCCAGAACUCCUGGAACUGCUGGAGGCAGCUCUACAGUCCGGGGGGUGCAGCCCUGCCCCCUGCCCAGCACCCCUACAAGCUGCUGUUAGCCCUGGGAGCAGUGUCCUGGCCACCGUGGACAGCAGCAGCUCUAUGCUCCUUCUUACCUCCUCGCUCAACAGUUCCUUCGGCUCUGGACGCCUGUCCCCAAGCGCUGGGGUUGUACUCAGCAACCUGGUGGCCGAGUCUGCAAACAGUGCCUGGGCCUGUCCCCUCAUCCUUCUUGACAGCUCAGAUGACACAGAGGCUGACGUGUUGGGGCUCGUGCCUUCAGGGACCCCUGCAGCUGCCAGAGUCAUGACUCACACACUGCUCAGCCACUUGGCUGGGCCCCAAACCCAGGCCCAGCAAGGGCCAACAGAGAGCCCUGGAGCUUGUGGCCAAGGGACCCUGCUUCAGGUGGCAGCCCACGAAGAGCACGCCCAUGUCUCCAGUGUCCCCAGUGGCUGCUGCUCCUUUCAGGGGUUUUAA